AUGAAAAAGAAUGCCUUUACACAUGGCGAAUUGCCAAACAGAAAUGAGAAAAUAGCAUACCGACAUAUAUUGGAUUGUGAUUCAGUCACUACUUGCCUUUCUUCUACAGUACACUAUAUGGUUUGCGAAUUAGGAUUUGAGAAAGAAGCAAAUUAUGCUGUUAAUAGCUUUCUGACAAGCAGUGGUGAAAUAAAUUGGAAAACAAUAAUAGAACACAUACAUUAUAGCAAGACAGGUUGUGAUAGUCGUGGUGGUGGUGGCAGGCAUAUCUAUGUCUUCCAAGUAGCAGCUGUAGCUAUCAGGGUGUUCUUACUUAUUGGCAAAGAUUGUCCAUUUCUUCUAAGAGACCUACUUGCAUCUUGGGAACUUUCCACAAUAUUUGGGCAAUCAGUGAUGGAUGUCCUGAGAGUAUUCAUUGGGUCUCCAGAUGGUCUAAAUCUUCGCAAUAUUUUGUGGCAUGGAUUUGCAUCCCCUCAAGAAAUUCCUACAAAAUAUUCUUCUAUGCUGGUUCUUUUAACUGUAGGACUGGGGCAACUUUUAUCCAAUUAUCUUCUGCAAACUCAGUCUGAUUUAGUCCAUCGACCUUAUGGAUUGUUCACAAACCUAAAAGAGUUGCAUGUUUUUCCAGAUCUUAGUCAUGAACUGCUCUCCUUGGCUGAAGAAUUAGUAGUCAAAUCUAGUAUUGUAUUAAGAACUAUGCGGCCUUUCUGGAUUACUGCAUUAACUUUAUUCAGACAACACAGGUAUGCAGACUGUGUUAUGUUGUUACUUCCUCAGCUGGAAAGUGGACUUCGAUUACUUUUCACAACAGUUAAUAAAUGUCCAAGCAGACUAAUCACAGCUGAGUCCUCUUCUCUGUACACCACUUUUGAUGAGGAAUUUCUUUGGGAUUUCUUGAACCAUCAAGAAGGUCCACGGAUUAGAGAUCAUCUGAGCCAUGGAGAAAUCAGCUUAAAUAAUUUCCCAAAAGAAAUAGCAAAUUCGUUGCUUUCUUUUUCUGUUACACUUCUGGACAGAUUUUCCAAGGAUAAGAUUGCUGCCAUUAAGGAAUAUGCAUCGCUGAGACCCCUGGUGAGCUGUGCAAAUAGCUAUUGUUCCCAGUUUCAUCCAAUAGCCCUACUUAAGAAACAGGUACUGCAGUGCGUGGAAAGCAUUAAUUUGUGGUCUGAUCUUCCUGUAGUGCCAAAUGAACAAGAAAUGACAGGAACACUGAAGAAAGACAAGAUAUUUUUUGCCUUCAGGUUAAUGAUUGAACUCCUCAGCAAGCCUGUUCGCAUCCUUUUCUGUCCACGGUCUGUUCUAGAAGUCACCGUGGUGCUUCGUCAAAUAGAUCUACAGUGCCACCAAGUGUCAUGUCAAGUAAUUUCUACUUGUGAAGCCAGAUAUAAGCAAUGGAUAAACAAGUCACUGCGAUCACGCCAGAGGCAGAAUUACCUGCGCCUGAAGAGGAGCAUUAAAUGUCUGUCUCCAGUCUUGCAACUGAUUUUAAUCCUGAUCACUCUGGAGCUGAUCAAUAUUCAUACUGUGUGUGACAAGAAUCCUACUGAGUAUCAGCAGUACUUAAAGUUUCUAAAGAUGAUCUUGCAGUAUACUGAGAACUUAGUUACCUACACAAACCCGGAGAAGAAUAAAUGGGAGGAAACUUUGGAGCUUACACAUAAAACUUUGAUAAAAAUCAGAGCUUUCUUAGAGAAACAGCAAAUGCUCAUGCAAUUAGCUAAGUAAAGAACACUAUCCCCAUCAAACAGUAUUACCUACGUGCAAUGGACAUUUCUCCUCCUUUUUUCUGAAGAGCAUGCCUAACAAGACCUGCAUAUAUGUGAAUGGAUUGCAUAGGUUUGGUACUGGUGAGGUUUUCCCCAUCCCAUUGCAAUGUAUAACCAGAUUUUGGUAGGAAAUAUAUAACCUGUGAUCAGAGGAUCAUCAAGAACCAGCCUGCAUAGCUCUUUUUCACUAUCAAGAAAUUGUGUGAAAUGCAUUUUAUUUUAUUUUGUAAUAUCUAUAUUCUUACUUGGAAGUAUUUUAUAAGUUAAAAGCAAUCAAGUUCUCUGUUCACAAUUACAUUGCUUUGUACUUCUUUUCAUCUUGUCUUUGGCGUGGUAAUCUCCCACGACUCCCAUCAGAGGCUGA